AGUUGAAUCAGCCCGGCUCGGUGCCCAGAACCAGUCUUACCGGGCAUCCUUUUGGAACCCUUUCGAACAUCCCAACCCAUCUUCCGACCUGUAACCAGACGCGGCGAUGCCUGGUUUUCCUGCCCUCGUCGGCCGUUCCAUCUUCCGCUCCUCUUCCCAUGCCCUUCGCUCCACCCACCUAACCACCGGCGUGGCGGCGGCGCCACCGCUCCUCCACCGCUUCGGAUCCCGACGGGCCCUAAUCAUCCAAACUCUUUCUGGGCCAGUGAGGAUAGAGCGGCUCUCCGACUCCGAUUCCGGGAUUAUCGAGCUGAAGUUGGACAGGCCGGAGGCGAAGAACGCGAUCGGGAAGGAGAUGCUGCGAGGACUGCAGAACGCUAUCGAAACGAUCGGCAAUGACUCGUCGGCCAAUGUGGUCGUGGUGUCAAGUUCGGUUCCAAAAGUUUUCUGCGCCGGAGCCGAUCUUAAGGAAAGAAAGCUGAUGAGUGCUUCUGAAGUCCAGCAAUUUGUUAACUCUUUACGAUCAACAUUCUCAUCCUUGGAGGAACUCUCUGUUCCUACGGUUGCUGUUAUUGAAGGAGCAGCAUUAGGUGGCGGGCUGGAAAUGGCUCUUUCAUGUGAUCUCCGUGUGUGUGGAGAACAAUCAACAUUUAGCUUGCCAGAGACUGGACUUGCAAUUAUUCCUGGAGCUGGCGGGACCCAACGUCUUCCUAGAAUAGUGGGAAGAUCGGCAGCAAAGGAGCUAAUAUUCACCGGUCGAAGGAUUAGUGGCAAAGAAGCUGUGUCUAUGGGACUUGUCAAUUACUGUGUUCCUGCUGGAGAGGCACAUCACAAAGCACUUGAGAUUGCCCGAGACAUUAACCAGAAGGGUCCUUUGGCUAUAAGGAUGGCUAAGCAAGCUAUCAACAAAGGUUUGGAGGUAGAUAUGCCCUCAGCUCUGGAUGCGGAAGAAGAAUGUUACGAGCAACUUCUUGACACACAAGACCGCCUUGAGGGACUUGCUGCAUUCGCUGAGAAGCGAAAACCAAGCUGCGCUGCGCUGCGCUGCGCUGCGCCGCGCAGCUGCUGCUGUUGAUGAUAGAGACACGUAUGAGCCUAGACAAAAAGUACGUGGACGAUCCACUCUUAUCUAGAUUGCAACUUGUAGAUUUCUGACCUUGGCCAAAUUGCUUACUGUUGCCAAUCGUCUGUCGCGGUGACGCCUGCAAAUCAUAUUAAGUUAUUUUAAUAUUCUUUCCUGUUGAAAUAGUAUGGUGCAUGUAACAUGGGCGGGUGGGUCUUUGAUGCCAUAAUACGCUUCAAAAGGGGAUGUUUUUUGUUAUUUUAA